ACGGCAGGGAAUCAAACCGGCAACCUUCUGAUUAACAGCCCGAUUCCCUAACCGCUCAGCCAUCUGAUUCCACCCAGAAGUUGUGUCUGUCCUCCCCAACACAAACGGGGGCCUCUUUCUGGCAUACACACAUACUGUAACACACCACAGGCUCAGAUCAACAUCUGAAAGCAUGAGGUUAUGUGACAGUGUCAAUGUGUAAUGUUCACACUGUUAACCCGGAUUACCUACUCUGGACAUUCUGGCUGAGGUGAUUAGCUGCAUGUCAGCCCAUGUUUGUGAGUUACAGGGCCUGGCCUGGUUUGGGCCUAAACGUAGACACACUCUCACUCUUUAAGUUAAUUACCUUGUGCUUUGUGUCCAGUUAUAACUACAGAUCCCAUAAUUCUUAGUGAGUCUGAAGUUGAAAUAGCAGGAUAAAAAUGGCCAUGAUUUCCAGUUACUAUCUACUUUGUUUUUUUUCUUAAAAGCGAUUCAUCAUUGUGUGUCCAGUCCCUUUGUUUGUGUUGUUAGCAUUCCCCACAAAAUCACCAACCCCAUUCAAUGUUUACUUGAUAAAUUUAGCCUAUUCCUCCAAGAAUUGCUCAACAUUUUCCUUAAUUCAACUUUACGCUAUUUAAUUUAUUCGAUUGCUCUAUAUAAAUCAAACAGUAUUCAGAGAAGGAAAACCUAAGCAUGUGUUAACUUCUUAUGUAAUGACUUACAUCACUGAGCCAAUUGGGGUGAGUGUGGCGAGGGAGCUCAUGAGAUUUAGUGUCCCCUUUAUGCCUGCUGACACCCUCUCAGUCUUUCCCACCUGUGGUGAUCAUCUUCCACACAUGCUACCUAAGCUGGAGCACGUCUGUCCUGGUGUACCCUCAACAUAGGAGCUCUCAACAGCACCGUAACACAUGCUGCAGGUGCACAUAGGCAAGGCCGAUUUCAGGGUCGAUUUCUAUGGAUGUCAAUGGUCUACAACGUAUUUUAGCAGAUUAAAAGUGAGGUUCCCUGUGAGUACAUGUUAGACUAAAUAACAUUUAUGAUAAAAAUAUAUUUGCGUAUCGAUGGUACUCUUUUCAAUAACGGUGUUUGGUCUGCAAUAGCAGGCUGUCUAAUUCCCAGAUGUAGAUUUGGGACAUACAAUAUUGAGUUUGCAGACAAUAGACUGGUGGGACUAGACAUCAUGACAGAAAAUCUGCAUGAUAAAGUUAUUCAGCAGGUGGGGCUGAAGUAUACCAGUGGCGACGGGGCAGCACAGGACCCCAGGGUAGGUUAACAAACAAAUGGAACAGGAAGUAGCAUGCGUUGGGGUCAGGCUGGUUUGGAAUUAUUCAUUUAAGUGCGCAUCACAUGUGCAAACAUGUAUCAGCCAGCAGUGUUACAGUCCAUCAGCCUCCUGUACGAUCUUUGAAAGACUCGAAACAUGAAAGUGGAAUUAUUUUCUGGAUACAGUGAAUCAUGUUCGCAAGAUUGUAUUCACGAUGAAUUCCAUUGCAAUUUUUUCAGAGCGGGACAAAAAAAACGGACACUUUUUGUAAACAAAAAACAUUGAUUCAGUUAAGCUCAGUGUUCUAUCACACCACACCACACCCCCCCCCCCCCCCUCCUCCUCUCCAGCCUGCAAAGCUUCGGGGGCCCAGGCUCACAACAGGAGAUAGACGGAGCAGCACACGCUCCAUAACUAUUGACAGGUUUGAUGUGCUCUGCGAGUGGAAAGUAUGGGGAAAUUGGAGUUCCCCCCCAGGCUGUGGGCUCUGUAAUGGAAAGAUUCAAAGCAGCCCCCCCCCACCUCCCUCUAACCCCCCCCCCCACCUCCCUCUAACCCCACCCCUCUUUCAAGCUGCUGUCUUCCCAUCCUCAGUGUCCCUCCAUUUCACUCGCCCACCAAUGAUAAACAGAUUACAAGGGAUUCACUUAUUUAAAGACUGGGCCGAAAGCUGAGCAGUUUAUUUUCGUGUCAACCUGGAAUAACACAACUCCACCAGCCGUGCUUAACCAACCAAAGGGAUCUAAUUAAAGUGACAGACCUUUCGGGCUUUCUGGUACAGUGCUGUGGAGGCUCAUUGUUGUAGCAGACCUGCAGCUUGGGAACACACAGAGCCGAGCAGGACAGCCAGACGAGGAACCCAGGCCCAGGACAGUGUCACCCAACCCAGGUAGUGAGCACCAACCCGCCUCCGCACUUCCCUCACCUGGAGCUCUGGUGAGCUCCCCCGGACCAGCUCCGUCAUGGCCCUCCGGCUUCUCCCUUCCCUCAUCGGAGACGACGAGGACGACGAUGGCAACUUUACCAACUGGAUGAGCAGCUACUGGGGUCACGGGUCACAGAGCGCCCGAUCCAAAGAGAGAAAGCGCAGCUUCAGGAGACCGGCCAGGGCAAAGGCAGACCGGAGAGCCUCCCUCCCCUGCAUGUCCCAGCUGGAAGCCAUGCAACUGAAUCGUCUUCAGGCUGCCAGUGUAACGCCUAACCCUCAACUGGAGAAGGAGGUCAAGGGUCACCCCCGCGCACGCAGAGUGUCCUCGGAUGACAUCAACCGCCAGAAGUCUGUCUUGCCGGAGAACCGCAUCACCACCAUCCCCGAGCUCACUGAGUCGUUUGAGAGGAGACUGCGUCUCCACAACAAGAAGGUCACGUCUCUCAGUGAAGCAGACAACAUGUGUCCUAUCUGCCAUGGGGAUAUGAGGAAGGAUGGAGGAGGAGCGGUCCAGGAGCUGUACUGUGCUCACCGUUUCCACAAAGAGGCGGCGAGGAGAGGAGAGACGACGCGACCCCGGAGCGGCAGCGCCACGGCCGAAAGCGAGAGGAGGAGGUCCACAGUGGAGCGGCGGAAGUCAGGGGAGGGGCCGUUCUGCGACGGGUCCGAGGAAUAUCGGAUGCCUCGCCGCCAGCUCUCUCUGCGGAGACAACGCUGAUAUCAGGGACCGAAGCUGGGACGUUUUCGCUGGAAGACGGAGAGAAAGAAAACCUGGAUGUUUCGAAUCGAGCCUCAGUGUCCUGUUUGAACUUUUCACAUCAUAGAGAGUGUUCCAUUGGAACUCUCCUCCAGUUAUAUACAGGCCCUGGUUUGAUCCUAAGAACUAGUAGUGUUGUAGAGCAGUUCAUGCUUUUGUGUUUUCUAUGGGCUAAUCCCAAACCAUGUCCAAUGCUUCUUUUCGGUCAUCUUUUCCAAACAGUGGAUUCCCAUUUUCUGUCACAAAAGCAAGUCACAGAAUUUACUCCAUACUGAAUCUUCUUCUGCUCAAUCUUUCCAUCUAUCAUAUACAAUACACCUACAGUUACAGCCUACCAAUAGAUUUAAUAGACAAGUCGAUUUUAUAGUUUCAUCAAUUUUAUUUCCAUUAUUUCCAUCUUUGAUGUUCCUUUGAGUGAUGCCGUUAUAUUCGAAUAAUAUUUAAGCCAGUUGUUAGUUGAUAUGUACAUUGCAUGCAUUAAUGUGUGUGGUUUCUAUUUCAUAAGGGAUUUCUAUAACAUUUAAGCCUUAAGAAAAAAUAAAUAUGUUC